AUGGAAAGAAGGGUUGCAAUUAUAGGGGCAGGAACCAGUGGCCUUGUCGCCUGCAAAUACCUUCUAGAGUUUGGAUUUAAUCCAACUGUGUUUGAAGUUGAUGAUGGCGUUGGAGGACUCUGGAGACAUACUAUGGACUCCACCAAGCUCCAAAGCAAUAAGCAAGCCUACCAAUUCAUGGAUUUUCCAUGGCCUUCUUCAGUCAAAGAAGAUAAUCCAAGUCACAGCCAAGUGCUAGAUUAUCUUAACUCCUAUGCUGAACAUUUUUCCCUCCUUCCUUACAUUAGAUUCAACUCCAAAGUCAUUGAUAUAGAUUAUGUUGGUGGAGAGUCCAUUGAAGAAAUGAAGGCAUGGGAAUUGUGGGGUGGUAAUGGCAGGCCCUUUUGCUCCAAGGGAACUUGGCAUAUUACUGUGCAACAUACCAAGAAUUUAUCCUCAGAGGUUCAUAAGGCUGAGUUUGUUGUUCUCUGCAUUGGGAAAUAUAGUGGCUUUCCAAACAUUCCUGAAUUCUCACAGGGACAAGGCCCUGAAGUUUUUAAUGGCAAAGUUAUGCAUUGCAUGGACUACUCCAAUCUGGACAAUAAGGCUGCUGCUGAAUUGAUUACAGGAAAAAGAGUAACAAUAAUAGGCUCACAUAAAUCUGCUCUUGAUCUUGCAGCUGAAUGUGCUAAUGCAAAUCGAAUCAUGCAUCCUUGCACAAUUAUCCAAAGGACAGCAUACUGGUUUCUUCCAGAUUUCAACAUUUGGGGAGUUAUUGCUGGAUUCUUAUACUUUAAUCGCUUUGGAGAGCUUUCUGUUCACAAACCGGGAGAGCCAUUCCAUCUUAGCCUUGUGGCCACUUUACUUUCACCAUUGAGAUGGGGAAUUUCUAAAGUACUAGAAACUAUUCUAAAAUGGAAGUUCCCAUUGAAGAAGUAUGGAUUGGUACCAAAUCACAGUUUUUUUCAUAACCUCUCCACAUGUUUGCUUGGGGUGUUUCCUGAUAACUUCUUUGACAAACUAAAAGAAGGAUCCAUUCUUAUAAAGAACUCAAAAAGCUUUAGCUUCUGCAGUGAAGGUGUCAUGAUUGAUGGAGAAGCUAAACCCUUAGAGUCAGAUCUGGUCAUUUUUGCCACUGGAUACAAAGGUGAUCAGAAAAUCAAAAACAUAUUCAAAUCCCCAAAUUUCCAAAAUUAUAUCAUUGGGCCAGAAACCUCAACAGUUCCUCUCUACAGACAAAUAAUUCACCCUCGGAUUUUACAGUUGGCAAUAAUAGGAUAUGCUGAGAGCACAUCAAACAUUUUUGCCUCGGAAAUGAGAAGCUUGUGGCUGGUGCAUUUCUUGGAUGGGAACAUUGAACUGCCAAGUAUAAGAGAGAUGGAGGAGGAGGUGAAAUUGUGGGAAGAGAGUAUGAAGCAAUACGGUGGAACAUAUUUCUGGAAAUCAUGCAUUGGGAAUUGUGGCAUUUGGUAUCACGACCAGUUGUGCAAAGACAUGAAGCGUAAUCCCAGAAGGAAGAAUGGUUUUUUCGCAGAAUGGUUUGAACCAUAUGGUCUCAAUGAUUAUGUCGGUCUUACUAGUGAAUGA